UCGCCAUGAAAUUACCAAAACCCCCGAAGAAUCUCCCCGAGAAACCUCUUAAACCCAAUUUCAUCCACGGCCACCGUAAACCUUCCCGUAACCGCCCCAUCGUCCACGGUGGCCUCUUCUCCAACCGCCAAUACCUCUCAAAACACCCACCCCAAUCACACCCCAACCUAACCCCCUUCGAUCUCCACAAAUGGGACCCACAAUCUCUCCCCCAACCUCCUCCUCCUUCCUCUCCUCCAACAACCAUCUCCGCCGCCUCCGAACGCCUCUCCCCAAUCGCGCGAUUCGUCCUCGACGCCUUCCGCAAAAGCCAAAACCGCUGGGGGCCCUCCGUCGUCUCGGAGCUAAACAAGCUCCGCCGCGUCACUCCCGCCACCGUCGCCGAGGUUCUGAAAGCCGGAUCCAACGCCGCCGUCGCGGCGAAGUUCUUCCACUGGGCGGGUAAGCAGAGAGGCUACAGACACGACUUCGCGUCGUACAACGCCUUCGCGUAUUGCCUCAACCGAACGGGAAACUUCCGGGCGGCGGAUCAGUUGCCGGAGAUGAUGGAGUCUCAGGGGAGACCUCCCUCGGAGAAGCAGUUCGAGAUUCUGAUCAGGAUGCACGCGGAUAACAAGAGAGGGUUGAGAGUUUAUUACGUUUACGAGAAGAUGAAGAAGUUUGGGUUUAAGCCUAGCGUGUUUUUGUAUAACAGGGUAAUGGAUGCGUUGAUGAAGUGUGGGUACUUUGAUUUAGGUUUAGCUGUUUAUGAUGAUUUUAGGGAAGAUGGUUUGGUUGAGGAGAGGACUACUUUCAUGGUUUUGGUUAAAGGAUUGUGUAAAGCUGGGAGAAUUGAUGAGAUGUUUGGGAUUUUGCGGAGGAUGAGGGAGGAUUUGUGUAGGCCUGAUGUGUUUGCUUACACGGCGAUGAUUAAGACUUUGGUUUCUGAGGGGAAUUUGGAUGGGAGUUUAUUGGUUUGGGAGGAGAUGAGAGGUGAUGAGGUGAGGCCGGAUGUGAUGGCGUAUGGGACGCUUGUUGUGGGUUUGUGUAAAGAUGGGAGAGUUGAGAGAGGGUAUGAGUUGUUUUUGGAGAUGAAGGAGAAGGGGGUUUUGAUUGAUAGGGAGAUAUAUAGGGUUUUGAUUGAAGGGUUUGUAAGGGAUGGGAAGGUUAGAAGGGCUUGUGAUCUGUGGGAGGAUUUGGUGGGGUCUGGGUAUAUUGCUGAUUUAGGGAUAUAUAAUGCGGUUAUUAAAGGGUUGUGUAUUGUGAAUCAGGUUGAUAAAGCAUAUAAGCUCUUCUUAGUUGCAGUUGAGGAAGAGCUGGAACCGGGUUUUGAGACUCUGAGUCCUAUUAUGGUUGCAUAUGUGGUGAUGAAGAGAUUGACUGAUUUUUUGGAUUUGCUAGAACGAAUUGGGGAGUUAAGAUACCCUGUAGGAGAUUACCUUUCACAGUUUUUUAAAUUGUUGUGUGCUGACGAAGAGAAGAGAACGAUGGCUUUAGAUGUCUUUGAUGUAGUAAAGACUAAAGGUCAUGGUAGUGUCUCUGUGUACAACAUUCUCAUGGAAGCUCUUUACAAGAUGGGGGAUAUUGAAAAGUCUUUGUCACUUUUAUCUGAAAUGAGGGAUUCUGGGUUUGAACCAGAUUCAUCAUCUUACAGUAUUGCAAUUAGCUGUUUUGUCGAGAAAGGGGAAGUCCAAGAGGCUUGUUCAUAUCAUGAAAAAAUCACCGAGAUGUCGUGUGUUCCUUCCAUAGCUGCUUAUCUAUCUCUCGCUAGAGGACUCAGCCAAAUUGGAGAAAUUGAUGCGGUGAUGUUAUUAGUUCGUGAAUGCCUGGGCAACGUUGAAAGUGGUCCUAUGGAGUUUAAGUACGCUCUGAGGGUCUGUCAUGUAUGCAAAGCGAGUAGCGCCGAGAAGGUUAUGGAAGUCCUUGAUGAGAUGAAACAGGAAGGUGUCUGUAUAAAUGAAGUUAUAUACUGUGCGAUAAUCUCUGGUAUGUCUAAGCAUGGGACAAUCAAAGCAGCAAGAGAAGUCUUUGCGGAGCUGAAAAAGCGCAAGGUUAUGACUGAGGCGGAAAUGGUAGUCUAUGAUGAAAUGUUGGUUGAGCAGACAAAGAAGAAGACAGCUGAUUUGGUUCUUUCAGGGAUCAAAUUUUUCGGUCUUGAGUCAAAACUAAGGGCAAAAGGUUGCAGAAUACUCGAUUAACUAAUGCUUGGGGGGGACUGAUAGUCUGCUUUUUUCCGAACAACUGCAUAAGCUCUUUUGUGCGUUGGGAUUUAGUGUGAGAUUACUGAUUCUUGAGUACGAUUUGCCGAGCCCAACCACGAAAGUUUUGGGUUUUUCCAUGAAUCGAUGUCAUGAAAGUGUUAUUUUUGGGGUUAAUCAUACUGGUUGCUGAAGCUUGGGAGGAGACUCUCUAUACAUUGGUGGGGUUCAAGGGUGAUCCAGUGAAGCUUGGGAAUCUCUAUUAAGAUCUGAAGGUGGUUCUAUUAUUAGAGUGCUUGUAAGGAAGUUUAUACAAAAAGUGAAACUCAUUUUUCACAUAAAAUGGCCUUUUAAGUAUUAAUAAUCCAUUGUUAGUGCUGCUAACUCACCAUAUCACUGAACUAGCUCAAAUAUUUCUG